AUGGAAGAGAUAGUCCUUGAUAAAAUGGGAAUAACCUCUAUUGAACCUGAUCAAUUAAAACUAUUUCCAAAUUUACAAGUGUUGUAUAUAACCAAUAAUAAACUCGAAAUCCUGAAUAAUUUAGAACCAUGCAUUAGGUUGCUUGUUAUUGAUGCAAGAAAUAAUUUAUUAAGCGAAAUUGACCUUAGGAAGCAGACUUUUUUAAACGCGUUAUACUUGGCCAACAACAAAUUUGAAUCUAUUGAAAAUUUCCUAAAGCAAACAGCAAAUUUACGUAACCUUCAGAUUUUAGAUUUGCGUGGGAAUGAAAUCACUCAGAAUAAAGGAUACCGCCAAGCAAUCAUUGAAAAAUUUCCAAGUUUAGAGAUACUAGAUGGUUUAGAAGUUACAAAAGCAGAGAGAAAGAAGAUAACAAUAUCAAGAACGUUACCAAACCAGAAAAAGCCCUUAUCUAUGCUAGACUUCCUCAAAUCACUUCCUCUUUCUGAUGCUGAUUCCAGAGUAUUGCGUCGCGCUGACCAAAUUAGAGCUGCCACUCAAUUACGUUUACAGAAGGAAGAAGAAGAGAGACAGAAGAUAGAACGUGAGCAAAAAGAACGCUUUGAAGCAUUCGCAAACAUAAAAAGAGCGCCUCUCCCUGAUUGUGUUGGCUUUAAACGGGAAGAAGUUAUAAUUCAUAAAAACACAAGCGAAACCGUUAGAAGAAGAUCGCGAUCUAGAAUGUUUAUAAAGGCGUCUACAUUCCCUGAAUCAGCGAAAGACGAAGGAACUUCGUUCUUCGAAAUGAUGAAUCCAACCUUGCCAAAAAUCCCAACAAGAAGGUACAAUGAAGCGGUUAUAUUUGCAAAAUAA